CAUAAAUUAUUUUUUACGAUUAAUAAAACUUUUAAUUACUGUUCUUUUGCUGAAACUUGAAAGCCUCAGUUCUGAAAACUUUGCCUACGAAUUUUUGGAGUUUUGAAAAUGAGCCAGCCUGCAGAUCCAAGAAAUGCUGUGCCUGCGAGAAUACCUCUGACAUCGCGGACCGAAUACCACAGGAUCAACUUCUUACUGCAGGCUUCCGCGAUGAUGGAAGGCGUAACAGGUGCGCAAAACUCUUCUCCAGUAUCUCGAACCACGGAAGCGAAGAGCCAGCAUACUAUCGGCGAGGAAUCUUCGACAUCGAAAAUACUACGGAAUAACAAAGCUCUGGAUUUGCCUCGAUUGAAUGCAGGCCGCUCUUUCUUGCAGCAAGCAAAGCAAGUUGCAAGGAAAGCUGUUUUACGAUUAUCUGCAGAUACAAAACGCACAAUUUGUCGUCGCUGCUGGGCUCUUCUCGUGGCUGGAUCAUCGUGCAGCGUCCGAUUUCGUCGAGGAAAAAGUAGGAUUUUGUACAUGACGACCACUUGCAAAGCCUGUGGAUAUUCAUUCCGUUUACGAAUGAAAAAACCACCUGCUAAAGUUACGAAUUCUGAUUUGAAUUCGUCGGAAGGAGCGCUUCCGAAAUUCAUUGGCCGGCCAAAAAACUCGAUCAAUCCGGACAGCGCAUGGAAGACCGGUGAAUAAGGAGGAAUUUGGUUGAGCACUUUAACCAGUGCUAAUCGCAUGGCUUGCUUGAAGAAGUUUGUGGAUCGCAGGCAGUCCAUGGUGCGACGGUGAUAACGAGGUACAAAAACCGGAAGCGGUUUGGAUAGUUCAAUGGGAAAAUUAUGCUCCGGAUCGGGAUUGUCAAAUCCGAAAUCCGGCAGUUCACGGGAUGGAAUAUUUUGGAAUUUUCUUACGGGUGGAACGGUGGUUACAAGAUCGCUUAGUGGUGCCGUCGCCGUAAUAUUAUUCGGCUGGCGUAGUUGAUGCGAGGUGAAAGGAGUCGUCGUUGCAAAUUUUAUUGAUGGAUCCCAUGUUGGAGUUGCCGUGGUUUUGGGAGAGGCUGUGUGUUAGUUGAAGUUAUAAUUAGUCUGAUAAAUAUUUUAUCGAAUCGGAAAGGUAUUCAAAAUGAAUGCCUUGUUAUUAAUGUGGUAAAAGUUUACGCCAUAAAAGGUCCAAUUGCUAUGCUAUUUUUCAUAUUUUUAAUAUCAUAAUUAUAAUAAUGUUGGGGUGUUAGUAUGAUUAUAUGUCCAGUGCAGGGUAGAAAUUUGUAAGUAAGAUGGUUUAAGAAUAA